AGCCAAAGUCCUAUCCAUAUUAAAAACCCUCCUUAUCUAAGUCGGGGGUUUCACAAGCCAUUGCGGUUGGCCCUCUCUCUACAUUAUUUUGGGGGAAACUAAUUACAGAGUGAAGAGCGCAGUCACUCAUCCAGACAACCAUGGCGGGAAUUUCAACGUUUAAGUCGUCUCUGUGCCCUCGCUCUGCUCCUCCAUCCUCAUCUCUUUCAUUUUCAUCGAAGCCAUCCAAUCUCUCGAUGCGCCUUUUUCCCGGAUUGCACCGCCGUCCCACAUUCCCAAAAAUAUAUGCGUAUUCUAGCAACGACAUUAAGGUGGGCUCCAAUAUUGAAGUAGAUGGAGCUCCUUGGAGAGUUAUUGAGUUUCUUCAUGUGAAACCUGGUAAAGGGGCUGCAUAUGUAAGGACCACAUUGCGAAAUUAUGUGACGGGAAAUUCAGUUGAGAAAACUUUUCGAGCUGGAAGUAAGAUAGAAGUGGCAGAUAUAUUCAAGGAAACAAAGCAAUACACGUAUAAAGAUGGUUCGCAGUUUGUUUUCAUGGAUCUGACUACAUAUGAAGAAUUUCGUCUUAAUGAGUCAUAUGUUGGAGAUAAGACAAAGUGGAUGAAAGAAGGCAUGGACUGCAAUUUGCUGUUUUGGAAUGGAAAGGUUAUUGAUUUUGAACUCCCCAUCAAUGUUAAAUUGAAAGUGGUUGAGGUUGAUCCUGGCCUUAAAGGCGACACAGUACAAGGUGGAACAAAACCAGCAACUCUUGAGACAGGUGCUGUGGUCAACGUCCCAUUGUUUGUAGAAAGAGACCAAGUAAUUUUGGUGGAUACUAGAACUGGGCAAUACAUGAGCCGCGCAUAGAUUACUUACAAUUUAUCUUCGGCAUCUGCACAAGAUUUUCUUAAACUAAUACAGGGUUUUCUCUCUGUGUUUUGAUGCAAGAAAUGUGCAAUAGUAUUAAAUUUUCUGCUCUCAAAGUAUUCUUUUUUUUCAAGUGAAAUUGUAUUCAUUAGAAAAUCUCAUAGCAAUAGCACUUUUGGUAUUAGUAUAGAGGUUAGGUUAUGUAAUCCUUCACUCAAUUUUUAAAUUGAAUUCGAAAUCAGUAGUUUUAUUAUCAUUA